AUUAUGCAUACGUAAACGUUAGAUUCUGAUACGAGAAUUAAAAGGCAUCUAUAUUUUGCUUCGGUUUAAUUAUCAGUUGCAUCACCACUUAUCGUUCGACUUGUUUCGCUUUCGAAUAUUCGAGCGAACUUUCAAACGUUAUUGUUUCGCAGUCUGUUGCUACGAGUUGAACAAACUUUACCGUGCGAAAAUGAGCGGACGAUUCUCCAAAGUAGAAAUGGCCCCAGCUAUUGAGGUGUUCCACCUCAACAAAGCUUAUCAGGAUGAUCCAUUUGAGAAGAAAGUCAGUUUAGGUGCUGGUGCCUAUCGUACUGAGGUUGGUCAACCAUGGGUAUUGCCAGUGGUACGCUUAGCAGAGAAAAAUCUGGCUGCUGAUGAAACUCUGAACAAAGAGUAUUUCCCAAUGCUUGGUCUGGACAAAUUCUGUUGUCACUCAGUGAAAAUGCUGCUAGGAGAAAAAUCUGAGGCUUAUCUACAACAAAGGGCGUUUGGUGUACAAACACUUUCCGGUACUGGUGCGCUCCGUGUUGGUGCCGAAUUUUUGCGCAGAGUCUUAGACUACAAAGUUGUUUAUGUAUCAGACCCAUCAUGGGAAAACCACAUUUUGCUUUUCAAUCAAGCUGGGUUUGAAACGAGAAGGUAUAGAUAUUGGUCGGCUGAGAAACGUGGAAUUGAUUGGGAUGGCUUAGUAGAAGAUUUGGAGAAUGCCCCUGAAGAUUCUGUUGUUGUUCUGCAUGCCUGCGCUCAUAAUCCAACGGGAUGUGAUCCAACUCAUGAGCAAUGGAAACAGAUUGCCGAUAUUUGCGAAAGCAGGAAACUUUUCCCAUUCUUUGACUCCGCCUACCAAGGAUUUGCCUCUGGAGAUUUGGACAGGGAUGCAUGGGCUGUGAGAUAUUUCCUUGAUCGUGGAUUUGAAAUAUUUUGCGCACAGUCUUCUAAGAACUUUGGUCUUUACAACGAAAGAACUGGUAACUUAAUUGUGGUGCCUAAGAGAAUUGAAGAUGCCCCAAUGAUCAAAAGUCAAAUGAGCAUUAUUGUGAGAGCGAUGUACUCCAAUCCACCAAGCCAUGGCGCAAGGAUUGUUGCUUACGUUCUAAACAAUAACGAUUUAUACAAUGAAUGGAGAGACAAUGUUAAAACAAUGUCUGGUCGUAUUAUUGAGAUGCGCAAAUUGUUACGCUCAGCUUUGGAACGCCUUGGCGCGCCUGGUACUUGGGAGCAUAUCACUACCCAAAUUGGUAUGUUCUCUUACACCGGACUUAAUGAAAUUCAGUCUAGAUACAUGAUUGAGAAGCAUCAUAUUUAUAUGUUGAAGUCCGGCAGAAUUUCGAUGUGCGGAUUGACGUCGGCUAAUGUUGAAUAUGUAGCUCAGGCUAUUUACGAUACAUUGACGAGUGUUGGAAACAAAUUGUAAUAAGCUACGCAUGCAGGAACAACUAUCGUAUUGCAGAAUAAUCAAAAAUGCAUUUAUUUUAUAUAUACGUUGCCGAUAGACAUCAAUCAUGGUAAUUGAAGACUAUAUGUUAAACAUUGAGUACAAUAUUUUUCUAAAGUAUUUACCAAAUAAAAUUUAAAGGUUUGUUUUAAAA